AUGGCCUCCUCUCGUGUCUUUGCCUCUCGCCUGGCCUCCCAGAUGGCCGCAACCACCAAGGUUGCCCGCCCGGCCGCCCGCUUCGCUGCCCCCAAGCGUACCUUCACCACCCAGCGCAAGACCGCUAUCCCCAUGACCCCCUUCCAGACCGUCAAGCGCCAGCAGCCUUCCAUGAUCCAGGCCAACGCUCGCCAGGUCUUCGCCAACGUCCAGGCCCGCCGCCAGUACUCCUCUGAGAUCGCCGACGCCAUGGUCCAGGUCUCCCAGAACAUGGGUAUGGGUUCCGCCGCCAUCGGUCUCGGUGGUGCCGGUAUCGGUAUCGGUCUCGUCUUCGGUGCCCUCCUCCUCGGUGUCUCCCGCAACCCUGCCCUCCGUGGCCAGCUCUUCUCCUACGCCAUUCUUGGUUUCGCCUUCGUCGAAGCCAUUGGUCUGUUCGACCUGAUGGUUGCUAUGAUGUGCAAGUACGUUUAA